AUGAAAUACGUUGUUGUCUCUGGUGGUGUCAUUUCUGGUAUCGGUAAGGGCGUUCUUGCCUCUUCUACUGGUAUGCUUUUCAAGACUCUGGGUUUGAAAGUGACGUCGAUUAAGAUCGACCCAUAUAUGAAUAUCGACGCCGGCACUAUGUCACCAUUGGAGCAUGGAGAGUGUUUUGUGCUUGACGAUGGUGGCGAGACAGAUCUGGAUCUGGGGAACUACGAACGUUAUUUGAAAGUUACUUUGACGAAGGAUCACAACAUCACUACGGGUAAAAUCUAUUCGCAUGUCAUCUCGAAGGAGAGGAAGGGUGACUAUUUGGGUAAGACGGUUCAGAUCGUUCCUCACUUGACCAACGCGAUCCAGGAGUGGAUCGAACGAGUGUCGCGUAUACCGGUGGAUGAUACUGGGCUGGAGCCCGACAUCUGUAUCAUCGAGUUGGGUGGUACGGUUGGUGACAUCGAGAGCGCUCCGUUCGUGGAGGCUCUGAGACAGUUCCAGUUCAGAGUCGGUAAGGAGAAUUUUGCGUUGAUCCAUGUUUCUUUGGUGCCUGUGAUCCAUGGCGAGCAGAAGACUAAGCCGACGCAGGCAGCGAUCAAGGAUCUGAGGUCGUUGGGGCUGACUCCUGAUAUGAUCGCGUGUAGGUGUACCGAGGCGCUUGAUGAGCCUACCAUCAAUAAGAUCGCUAUGUUCUGCCAUGUGGGGCCCGAGCAAGUGGUUAACGUUUACGAUGUGAAGUCCACGUACCACAUUCCUCUGUUGCUGCUGGAGCAAAAGAUGAUGGACUAUCUGCACAAGAGGUUGCAGCUGAGUGACAUUCAGUUAGCCCCCGAAGACAAGCAAAGAGGUGACCAACUAUUGGAGAAGUGGAGGUCAAUGACAGAGAACUUUGAGGCGUCUGACAGGCUCGUCAAGAUCGCAUUGGUUGGCAAAUACACCAAUUUGAAGGAUUCGUACCUUUCCGUGAUCAAGGCGCUGGAGCACUCCUCGAUGAAGUGCCGCACCCAGCUGCAAAUCCUAUGGGUCGAGGCCAGCGACUUGGAGCCUGAGUCGCAGGAGACCGACAAGGCCAAGUUCCACGAGGCGUGGAACAAAGUCAGCAGCGCAGACGGUAUCCUUGUCCCAGGCGGUUUUGGAGCAAGAGGCACCGAAGGUAUGAUCCUGGCGGCCAAAUGGGCGCGGGAAAGCAACGUGCCAUACUUGGGUAUCUGUCUCGGUUUGCAAAUCGCAGCCAUCGAGUUUGCCAGGAACGUUAUGGGUGUCAAGAACGCCCAGAGCGGCGAGUUCUUCCCAGACCUCGACGAGGCCGACCAGGUCGUCGUCUACAUGCCUGAGAUCGACAAGGAGCACAUGGGAGGUACCAUGAGACUGGGUCUGAGACCCACCUACUUCCAGGAGGACACCCAAUGGAGCAAGAUCAAGAAGCUGUACGGCGACCAGCCGUCCAUCCUCGAGAGACACCGCCACCGCUACGAGAUCAACCCGAAAUUCGUCGCCGAGCUGGAGAAGCACGGUCUGAUCUUUGUGGGCAAAGACGAGACCGGCGACCGCUGCGAGAUCCUCGAGCUCAAGAACCACGACUAUUUCGUCGCCACCCAGUACCACCCAGAGUACACCUCCAAGGUCCUGGACCCAUCAAAGCCCUUUGUCGGCCUCAUCGCCGCCUCUGCGGGCAUCAUGAACCCCGUGCUCAAGGGCGAGUACGAGUUCCACGGCAAAGCCGACUUCUAG